GGCGUUUCCUUCUCUGGUGUUUGUGGACCUGAAGGCCCCUUUGAGGGAGACGGAGUUUGAAGGCGAGCCGCGGGCAGCAGGACUCCCCCCACAUCGCUUCUCUGCUCGGCUCUUAAGUGGACUUGCGGCCAGCCGAGCAUCCUGUCCGGGUGGAGGUUAGCAGCAACACCGUGAGGACUUCGCAUCAAAACUAAACCCGAGGACACUUAACGGAACUGCACUCUAGAAAUCAACUCUUUCGUAAUCUGCGUUUGACUCGCUGGAGUUUUGCAACUUUUAACCAGAAAUGGUUGGCAGCUUGAACUUGCCAAAUGUAUGUGAAGGUGAUCCACUGGAUAUGAUGAGCUGCAGGGCUGAUAGAGGACUUGACAGCCCGGACUCUGGGUUACCCCCGAGCCCGAGCCCCAGCGCCUGGCUGCUGCCUGUGUGUGCGGAGAAAGCCGGGGGCGUGAGCCCGGUGUCUGAAGACGAGGGAAGGGGCUCCCUGGUUCCAGCUUUACCCACUGGAUCUUUCCAGCAGCUCCAUCCGUUGUCCUUUGGGGAAGGCAUAGCACUUGAUCCGUUACCACCAAAGGAAAUAAGAUACACCUCCUCCGUGCUGUACGACUCGGACCGGCACUUCAUCCAGACCGUGGCCCUGAAGCCAUGGGGUCAGGGCCUUGAACACUGCAGACAGACCAUCAUGGCCGUGCCCCACAGUACCUGGCGCCACUACAAGACACAGCUGGAUUUCCAGCCUCGCCAUAGGCCGCAGCAUUUCAAGAGUACCGCCAUCAUCUACCCCAAGCGAACCAGCGCCGUCUACACCACAGAGCUGAGCUACGACUGCCACCGAAUAUCCAGACGUUUCCUCUCCAGUGUGGAGCUGGAGGCGGCUGGCAGGAGAGAGCUACCUCAGUGAGGGUGGGAGGGAAGAGGAGACAGGUGGCUGGGUGGUUAUUCCCAUGGCCCCUAUACUGUAGCUCCCUGAGGCUGGCUGCCACUAACCUGCUGUGUUGCCUUUUUACAUUUUUGUAGCCUGUUAUCCUUUUAACUGCAGUUCCAAAAUCGUGUACAGGAAGCAUCUGUGUUGCAAUGUCACAUUUAUCAGAGAUGACAAGACAUGGAAAAAGUGAGUGACAUCCAUUCAGUCCUUGCUAUAUUUCUAUCCCUGCAAAUGGCUGAUCUCCACAUAUCAGGAAUGGACAUUUCAUUAAAUGCUUCACUUUGCAGCUUGUUGGUUUCCGGAGACAUGCUCAUAUUUGAUUUGUUUUUAUUGGCUGUUGAAUUGACUCAUUUGGACAGAGAUGAGGAGAAGACUUAUUUUCCCAAGGCAUUGUCACUCUCUCACUCUCUCUCAUCAAGUAUGCAGAGUGACCGGUUGAAAAUUUGAACAACGACAUCAGUCUCUGUUCAAAAAAUUUGUUUGUAAUGCUAGAGAAGAGCGCUUUUAAAACUGUUUGUGCGACUAGGGGAAGGAAAGGCAAUUAAAUGUGGUGCUGGAGUUUGGACACUUGCUAAGAAAUCACUAACUUAUCCACACUGUACAGAGGUUGUGGUGAAAAUAUGUAAUGUGUGUUUUGUUUCUUCACAGGGUAUUGUGUGUUUCUGCACAUUAGCACAGACUAAGCCUUCUCUGUGGUCACUGUUUGUGGCCGCCAUUCACAGCGUAUUAUGUAAAUGUUGGUAGAUUAAGGGAACUUGCGUAAGCUUAAACAAACUGAUUAUGGUAGGUAGCAUAGAUGGAUCAUGAAUGUGUGGCGUUCAUUGAGACAUGGAUAAUAGUUUUGAUAUCAAUGGCUUACUAGUGAAAAUAACAAGCUGCAUUCCACUGCUAUCACUUUUGAAAUUUUGAUUGAAAUUGUAUUUAUUCUGUUGAAGUUUUAGGUUCUGAGAUUUUUAUCAGCUGAUUUAACGGGUCUCUCCACCAUUAUGGCAAGGGAUGUUUUUGUGUUGCCCUUUGCGCCUUAUUGAUGUAUCUCUUUGAUGUUUCUUUUUGAUAUUAGUCACUUUUUGUUUACCAGUUUCAAAUAAAGUGUUCAUUAGUUCAACAA